GCGCAUCGAUCGUGUGGUACGGAACGUAAUCAUACCACUCCCUCUUCUCUCUCUCAAUCUAUCUCUUAUUUAUUAGAGUGAAGGUAGAAGAGCUCAUCCUCUCUUCUUUGCCUGUGCCUUAUUUUCCUUGGACUUGCCCAUCUCUCUCUCUAAAAAUCUUGCUUGAUUUCCCAGAGGUUGUGCAUGGAUGGAGGUCUCUAAUGCUCGCCAGCAGGUCAUGGCCAGCCAUCCACUGGAGGAGGUGCUAGUUUGCUCCAAGACACAGCAGCCACCUGAGAGGAAGCUGAGGCCUCACCCAGAUCAGGCCCUUAAAUGCCCCAGAUGUGACUCCACCAACACCAAGUUCUGCUACUAUAACAACUACAGCCUCUCCCAGCCCAGGUACUUCUGCAAGGGCUGCAGGAGGUACUGGACACAAGGUGGCUCCCUGAGGAAUGUCCCAGUUGGAGGUGGCUGCAGGAAGAACAAGAGAUCAUCCUCAUCAUCCUCCUCUUCCUCUUCCUCCUCGAAGAGGAUUUCAGACCAAGACCCCACAUCCAACUCCAACCCACUACUCUCAAGCCUCAUUCCACCACCCCGUCCAUAUGAUCCAAGUGACCUCACCUUAGCCUUUGCUAGACUCCACAAGCGACCAACCACCAAGCAGUUAGGGCUGGAGGACCUUGACACCUUUCUUCUAGGGAACCCUAACCCUAACCCUAACCCUGGCACAAGCUCUAUUCCCACUGCCCCCGCCAGUGGCUUUCUUGACAUACUAAGGAGUGGGUUUGUUGACACCACCAGCCCAAGUGGCUUCCACAAUCUUUACUAUGGCUUUGGUGGCAAUGGCAAUGUGGAAGGUGGUGUCAGUGGGGAAGAGGUGAUGUUUCCAUUUGAGGGAGGAUUUGGUGGUGCAACAACCGCAACCAGCCAAGGGUCCUGCAAAGCUAUGGAUGGCGGCGAGAACAAAGUACUGAUGGGGCUUCAAUGGCCAUUAAGUGGGGAUGGCAAUCUGGUUAUGGACUCCGGAAGAGAUAUUUGGAAUGGAGUGGGUUCUUCAUGGCAUGGACUCAUCAACAGCUCCUUGAUGUAGAGGGUUCGAUAGGUUGUUCUCUAUCUUUCAAGGUCCCUGGGAUUUCCAUAUUUUGGAAACUUCUAAAUUCUAUUUCUUUUCACUGUAUUUUCUUUGUUAUUAAUAUGUCUCUCUCUCUUUCCUUAUCUUUUGUUGGAGUGGUGAUUUGAAAAUUCUAUAGUAAAAUCAAACAUUGAAUUUUGUUUCCCAA